GCAUUCUGCCAUAAAUCCAACAUUGAUGAUUCAUGAACCAAGGAAGAUGCAAUCUGCUUUCCUCAGAUACAAGGGACUUAUAACAAGACAAUUUUCAAAAUGGCGCCGAUCAGUUAAAACGUUUACAUGUCAAAGUGAUGCGCCCCUUUUUCAAGAUAAAUACAAGAUAGAAACGGGGAAAAAGGUAGAUAAUUCCGAUGAAGUUUCUGUGUUAAAUAAAAACGGGGGGUUAGUCUCUCUCGGUAGUGAAAGUGCGACCGUAAACGACUUCUCUGUGAUGGCAGAUGAAACGGCCGACAAGGAGUUAAAGAAAAACAUCGCUAUAAUGCAAUCGAUGAUAGACGCUUCGGCCGAACGGCUCGAGGGGCUCCGCACUCAAUGUGCAACGAGCGCGGAGCUCACUCAACAAGAAAUUCGUACCCUCGAGGGAAAAUUGAUUAAGAUGUUUUCGGAAUUAUUAGUGAUGAAGGGGAAAUUGAGAUAUGGUGAGAUGCCCCAUAGUCCAUCUUUAACCCAGUGGUUACAAGUUGUUGGGUUGUGUCAAAAUUCCAUUCAAGGAUUGUGUCAAAAAAUAUCUUCAGUUGAGGAAUUACAAGAAAGGAGCGAGUAUGAAUUGAAAAGUAUUUUAUCAGAUAAGGGGGCUAGAACUGAAGAAUUGAGUAGAUUGUGUCGAGCUGUUAAAAAUUUAAAAAAAUGCAUGGAUGUAUUAAAAAGGGGCGAUAAAGACUGUGAACAACCACUACAUUGGGAUUCUUGGGAUCGCCAAAACACCGCUUUAAAGUUAAACAAUUCGCCGCGCCCCCCUCGCGGGCGUUCUUCAAGAGCUUCAGUUCCUUCGGUAGAAAGUUUAGGAUUGAAUAAUAAUCGAGGAGGUGCGCUGCCGCCUUCAUGUUCUGUCUCUAGUAUCAGUUCCUUGAAUGCUCAAACUAACCCGUGGUCCCCAUUAACACCACCCCCACAGGGCAGGGGAAAAGUUGUUAAAUUACCCACAACUCCACCACCGCAACAUCGUUUAAAUAUUGGGGUACAAUCGACGGUUUUUUCUCCAGAAAUAUAUCCUUUAACUAAAAGUAGAUCGCACGAACUUCAAUUGGCUGCUACAAAAAAUGAUAAUAACGAGAUACACAAUUCAAAUGAAACAACCGGAAGACGUGCAAGAUUACCAACAGAACCCGGACCUGAGGGAACUCAAGGUUAUAACAGCCCCUUAUUACCAAGUCCUGUACGAUCCCCACCGUAUAACACAGAUAGUGAUGAUAACAGUUUUAAAUCAGCAACUCUUCAAGUACCAAAAUCACCGAGAACUCCUACAAUAGGGCGAGGGAUGGGUCAUCAAAUAGCCCAUCGUUUCACGAAAACCUUUAAAGUAGUAACAACUUGCGGAGUUUGUUUAAAACCGAUUUAUUUCGGAACGGGAUUAAAAUGUAAAGAGUGUAAAUACAAGUGUCAUAGGGAAUGCGAAGAUAAAGUGACGCCAUCUUGCGGGUUACCACCCGAACUUUUGGAUGAAUUCAAAAAGAAUUGCGAAGAAGUUGUUUUUUAUUCCCCCAACACAGGAAGGGCGAAUAAAAAUUUUAAAAAUUUAAAGAAACCAAGAAAACAUUCGCACCCGCAACCCGGAAAUAACAUCCCUUUUCCGUUACAUGAUUCAAGUUCGAACUCGAGUUGUAAUAGUUCUACACCGUCAAGCCCCGCUUUACAACCAGCACAGACCCCACCUCAACACCAGUAUGUUCCACCAGCUUUUCAUUUUCCAGAUGUUGAAAAUGGUGUAACUUUACAAACUUUUCCCCUCCUGACUGUACCUUCAGUCGUGGAAGAACAACAAAGCGAAGGUAGCGAUCAAACGGUAACCGGAAGUACGAGUACAAGCGAUUCCGAUCGAACUCCCGUUCGCGUCGAUUCUCAAGAUAGCCAAGUUUCCGAUACCGAUACAUUAACCGAUGGACCUAGAUGGACAAAUAGACAAAAUAGUUUAUCAAUGAAAGAAUGGGAUAUCCCAUACGAUGAACUUGACGUUGAAGAUUUAAUCGGUACUGGAAGAUUCGGCAAAGUUUAUCGCGGUUAUUGGUAUGGAGACGUCGCUAUUAAAGUGUUAAACAUGGAAUAUGUUAAUGACGAGACAACGUUGGAACAUUUUAAAAUGGAGGUGUCGACGUUUCGAAAGACGCGGCACGAAAAUUUGGUUUUGUUUAUGGGGGCGUGUAUGAAACCGCCCAGAUUGGCUAUUGUAACCAGUUUGAGCAAGGGGCACACGUUGUAUACUCUUAUACAUUUGAGGAAGGACAAAUUUAAUAUGAAUAAAACUACGAUUGUUGCGCAACAAAUCACUCAGGGAAUGGGAUAUUUACACGCUAAAGGAAUCCUCCACAAAGAUUUGAAAACAAAAAACAUUUUCUUGGAAAAUGGUAAAGUUGUUAUAACAGAUUUUGGACUUUUCAGCGUCACUAAAUUAUGCCACGGAGACAGAAAAGGAGACUCUUUGGGGAUCCCCCCAGGUUGGCUUUGUUACUUAGCCCCCGAAUUAAUCCGCAGUUUGCACGCCGAUCAAGCCCAUAACGAAGAUUUACCAUUUAGCAACGCCUCAGAUGUUUAUGCAUUCGGAACGGUUUGGUAUGAAUUACUUUGUGGGGAAUGGCCCUUUAAAGAUCAACCCCCAGAAACGAUUAUUUGGCAGGUUGGGAAAGGGAUGAAACAAUCUUUAGCUAAUCUCCAAGCUUCAAGAGACGUAAAGGAUAUUUUAAUGCUGUGUUGGUCGUUUUUGGUAAAAGACCGCCCCAACUUUAAUAAACUCUUUGAAAUCCUCGAUCGGCUGCCGAAAAAGCGCUUGGCGCGGAGCCCAUCUCAUCCGGUUCAUCUUUCACGAUCGGCAGAGUCGGUGUUUUAGUUAAUCCUGCAGGAGAGGGGGUUCGCUUGUUAAAAAAAGAAAACAUUUUUAAUUAAUUCAUUCGUUAAUUAAUCGUGUUUAUGAUCUCGUCGGUUAAUUUCACGUUCCUCGAUUUAAUUAAUUUAUUUCAUCACGGAAAUGUUUUUAUUUUUAAAUCAGUAUUUUUCGAAACGUUAGGAAGAUAAUUAAGGGAUAAAGUUAUAUCGUAUUUUGUGGCGGGGUUCAUUUCUUAAACCCCGAAUUAAAAAAUUAUGAUUAUUAAAAAGGAAUUUGUUGCAACACUUGUACAUAUUAAAAUAAAAAAAUGUUCUUGUUUUUAAGUUAAUGGAGAACAUUUUUUUUGUAAAUGUAUUCGAUAUGAUUAAUGAAAAGAUGCAUUCCCGAUAUGUUCUAGUCAAUUUUUUUUUUGUUUAAGAUCGAUUUUAUUUGAUCUUUGAACGCCUAUUACUAAAUACAUUCUGGUUCACAGUCAAUGUAAUUGUAUAAGGGAACUAAUGUUAUCAAUAAAUACUUUAAAAAAUGAAUAAAAACCACAAAAAAAGAAUCAAGAUAUGUUCAAGAAAAAAA